GAACAAAAGAUUACAAUAACAAUGUGCUUUUUAAAAUGAGGCUGGUUGCCAUUGACAACGGAGUGGCUUACCGAACACUAAAACCUUGCAACAUGUCUCUCUAGAAAAGCGCGCACAGGCUAAAACAUCGAUUUUAGUAUAUUUUACGUAGAUAAAUAGGCUAUUUUCUUGCUAUGGAUCUUAUAGAUCUCAUUGGAGACUCAAGAACAGAUAGCCUUCCUCCCGGGUUCCUACGCUUUAUCAAUAUCAAAUUCCGACAAGGGACUUCAUGUCUUCCCACAAGACAAGAAAGAGCAAGAACAACAGNGAAUAACCUUCUUCUAAUCUUAAUUAGUGUCUAUAUAUCUACAUAUAUUUCAGGUAUUUUAUCUAAAGAUGAAGAAAGACAAGUCUUGUGUUCAAGGUUUUCUGGAAUGACUUUGAAAUCYGCUGGAAAACGUGACCCGRUUGAUUUGAACAAUGACCAGUUACCAAGACUUGGUUCUGUGCGGUCGACCAGGAAGUCACCAUUGACCAAACUAAAGCCAUCUCUACCAAAGAUACAAGCAAAUGGUGAGGACAGAAAAGAGAUUAUCACCCCUCCAUUGUCUAGAGAAAAGCUUACAAUGUCAGCUCAAGGGAGAAAAGUUCUCAAUAAAAUCAUGUCUGAAGCUGAAAAAGGCAAUAGCAAGGCAUCUAAUUCAAGCAUUGUGGAGGCUGUAGAUAAGUGGUUAACAACAGCUACUGACAAGGAACGUGAGGUUGCCCUUAAAUUUUUCUCCACAUUGGCUGGAACAAAGACAGAGUUUAUGAAGGCACCGUUGCAGAAAUACCAUACUCAUACAGAAGGGAAUUGUCAUUACUGUGAUGGUGAUAGAAUCAAUGAAACUUUAGAGACUCUAGCCCAGAGAGACAAGMCACCUUUCMGAAGCAAGGCAGCAACCCAUAAAAAAGAACCAAAUCUUGCCAACCGUUCUUUUUACCAACACCCAAGACUUCCAUCAAGAGUACGACGCUCCUACCAGACCUGGCAUCAUUUGCCUGUGUACAACUACAACCACGGGGUAGCAAAUAAAAGCGCUAUGUUUACCCAACCCCAUAAAUUCAUUGGACGACAUUUCAGUAUUCAUCCAGAAUGGGGGCUUCACACAAGGGUUAAAAAUUGUUGAUUGUCUGAGUGUAAAAUGCACUUUUGAAGCGGUUUGAAUGUGUGAACUUAACACUGUUUGAACAACAAAAAAUUAAGAAAAAAGUACACAGCAACCCUUUGAUAUACUGCGGUGAUUUAAAUUUGACCGUUCAAUUAUGAACAACUCUUUUUUAUCGAAUGACGAAAGUACAUCAUUUAUGAGGUGAUUCCUUACAGAAAUAUGUGAUUUUUCACAGUAAAAUGUCAUAUCUAUAAGCUACCCCUAGAAAAUGUAUUCUAAGAGUUCCGUAGCUGAAAAAUUAAAUGAUAUUUAUUCGAUUUUAAAAAAUGUGAAAUGGUAAUCUAGUAAGAAAUGAUCAAAUAAAAUAAGAUGAAUUUGUACGA